GUGACAGGCAACUGCAAAAACUAACAAGUAACCACCGUGUGUACUCACAAAACGCAGCGCUGUUAGGGUUUUACAAAAACAGUUUCCCACUUUUCUUCACUCAAAUAACACAAACAAUCUUCUCCACAUCACUGUGCGUUUCGUAUGGCUUACGUUGACGAGGAUGGUUCUUCGGGUUCUGGAGAUGAUGUGAACAUGUUAGAUGGACAAAAGCGUCAGGCUGGUGUUUCGGCUAGUGGUGGUCGGAAGAGAGGCCGAAAAGCUACUGGUGAUGCCAUAGUGGAUGCCAUGAUGCAGAUAGCAGCUGCUUCAAAAAUGAGGGCAAAUGCAAUUAUGAAGAAUGAGGACAGAUUUUCAAUAAGCAAGUGCAUCAAUGUGUUGGAUGAGAUGCAAGGUGUUGAUGAAAGGAUUUACUUUUUUGCUUUGGGUUUGUUUGAGGAUCACCCUAAUGCCCGCGAGGUUUUCAUCUCUCUUAAGGGUGAAAAAAGAUUGACAUGGUUGCAGGGCAAAUUUGGUGUUUCUUCUAGUUUAAUUGUUUGAGAAAAUCGUUCUUUUUUGUUUUCGGUUAGAAAAUGGUCCCGCAAUUUUGUAUAGUUUACUGAUCUGCAAAGGAAUGAUGUUAGUUCCUAUGACUAAUUUGAUUCUGCGCUUAAAGCCUAUGUUACCGAGUUGACACUUUUGAAUUUAUCUUAAUGCAAACAAAGCUCUUUGUAUUGAAACUUUGUUUUAUGCAUAACUGAAUUUUUUAUCAAUUAGAUAGAUAUAUCAAAAGACGUGUUAUCUUGUACAUUUCGUAGUUUUGAACUUUAU